CAUGGACAUCGUUGGCUUUCUGAAAUCUCAAUUCAUUUGCCACCUUCUGAUCUGCUACAUAUUUAUAGUGUCAGGACUGAUCAUUAACUUCAUUCAACUGUUUACUCUUAUACUUUGGCCAAUCAACAAGCAACUGUUCAGGAGGAUCAACUGCAGGCUGGCUUACUGCAUUUCAAGCCAGAUGGUGAUGUUGCUGGAAUGGUGGUCAGGGACCGAUUGCACCCUCUACACUGACCCAGAGAGUUACAACAAGUAUGGGAAGGAGAAUGCCAUCGUCAUCCUUAAUCACAACUUUGAAAUUGACUUUCUCUGUGGUUGGAACUUUUGUGAAAGAUUUGGGGUCUUAGGGAGUUCCAAAGUGCUUGCAAAGAAGGAGCUCUCUUACAUGCCUAUCAUUGGCUGGAUGUGGUAUUUCCUAGAGAUAGUCUUCUGCAAGCGUAAGUGGGAGGAAGAUCGUAAAACAGUCAUGCAGAAGUUGCUGAAUCUCCGGGACUACCCUGAAAACUUUUGGUUCCUGAUUCAUUGCGAAGGCACAAGGUUCACAGAACAGAAGCACCAGAUUAGCAUGCAGGUGGCUGAAGCCAAAGGCCUGCCCAAGCUCAAGUAUCACCUACUGCCACGAACGAAAGGAUUUGCUGUCACUGUGCAGUGUUUGAGAAAUGUAGUUUCUGCAGUCUAUGAUUCUACCCUCAAUUUUAGAAAUAAUGAGAAUCCAACAUUGCUGGGAGUUCUAAAUGGAAAAAAAUAUCAUGCAGAUUUAUAUGUAAGGCAAGAUGCAUUCCAGGAAGAGUACUACCGAACAGGAACCUACCCAGCAGUCCCUAUAGUACCACCCCGACGACCGUGGACGCUUUUGAACUGGCUUUUCUGGGCCUUAUUGCUGCUAUAUCCUUUAUUCAAGCUGCUCAUCAACAUGAUCAACAGUGGAUCAUCGCUGACACUGGCUAGUUUUGCAUUUGUCAUUGUAAUGGCUUCUGUUGGUGUCCGAUGGAUGAUAGCCGUUACAGAAAUUAACAAGGGCUCCACCUAUGGCAACAAUGACAAUAAGCAGAAACAAAAGUAG